AUGUCACGCAGCCAUGGUGCCUCGUCACGUUGCCUCCUAACAUAUUCAGCCCUAGGCUCUAGGAACCCUUCACCCCAACUUGCCAAGAACCUGGUGAAGGUGGGAGUCAAGGUGACCUUCCUUACCAGCGUCUCUGCCCACCGUCACAUAGCCAAAUCCCAUUCUAUACCACAAGGCUUAACCAUAUCCUUCUCUGACGGCUACGAUGAUGGAGUCAAAUUGAGUGAUGAUCUAGCCCGUUUCAGGUCUGAGUUCAAGAAUCGUAGUUCCAAAGUCCUGUCUCAUCUGUUCACCACCAGCACAGAGGAAGGCUACCCAGUAACAGGUCUUGUCUAUACCAUGGGUCUAAGUUGGGCAGCUGAAGUGGCGCGUGGCUUCAACGUACCGUCCGCUGCCUUGUGGACUCAACCAGCCUCUGUUUUUAACAUGUACUUUCAUUAUUUUAAUGACUACGGUGACGCCAUUAGAAAGAUUUGCAGUGACCCCUCAUGCUCUAUUCAGUUGCCGGGGCUCCCGACGAUCACUUGUCGUGACCUUCCCACUUUUUUACUCCCUUCAAAUGCAUUUAGUUUCUUAGUAGCAGAUGUCAAGGAGCAGUUAGAUGCACUCGAUGAACCAGCCAAGCCAAUUGUGCUUGUAAACACCUAUGAUGCAUUAGAAACAGAGGCCUUAAGGGCCAUUGGGAAGUACAACUUGCUUUCUAUAGGACCAUUGGUUCCAUCAGCAUUCUUGGAUGGAAGUGGUCCCCCUAAUACUAGUUUUGGAGGCAACCUUACACAGAAGUCAAUGGAUUAUAUGGAGUGGUUGGACUCCAAGCCUCAAUCAUCGGUUGCCUACGUAUCAUUUGGAAGCGUUGUUACGUUGUCAAAGCAACAAAUGGAGGAGAUUGCUCGUGGGCUUAUGGAGAGCGAUCGACCAUUCUUGUGGGUGAUAAGAGCCCUAGACUUUGGCGAAAACCAAGAAGACAAACUCAGUAACAGAGAUGAAUUAGAAAAGCAAGAGUUUGGUUUCAGGCGUUCCUACGGUGGGCAUACCACAAUUUGGAGACCAACCUUCAAUGCAAAGCUCAUAGAAGAUACGUUUGAGUCCGGGGUGAGGGCAACACCGAAUGAAGACUGCCUAGUUGAAGCAGAAGAAAUCAAGAGGUGCAUAGAAUUGGUCAUGGGAGAUGGUGAGAUUGGUAAAAAAAUUAGGAUCAAUGCCAAGAAAUGGAAGGAUUUGGCAGGGGAAGCUGUAAAGGAUGGUGGAUCUUCUAACAAAAAUCUCAGGACUUUUGUGGAUGAAAUUGAAGAGAAUCUAAUUUAUUAA